AUGCAAGUGACCAGCGAGCACGUAACUGUGGCGCCCUUAGUGCUGCUUUCAGCAUUGGAUCAUUACAAGCGGACCAACACACCCAAUGGGAAGAGAUGUGUUGGUGUAAUUUUGGGGGACAAUUCUAAAGCGACUUUGAAGGUAACCAAUUCGUUUGCGCUACCGUUCGAAGAAGACGAGAAAAACCCCGAUGUGUGGUUUUUGGACCAUAACUACAUCGAAAGCAUGAACGAGAUGUGCAAAAAGAUCAAUGCAAAGGAAAAGCUGAUCGGUUGGUACCAUAGUGGGCCGAAACUCAGAUCUGCAGACUUAAAGAUCAAUGAACUGUUCAAGAGGUACACGCAGAAGAACCCACUUUUGUUGAUUAUAGACGUCCAACAAUCGGGCGUUGGGUUGCCCACAACGGCGUACAUGGCUGUAGAACAGGUAAAAGAUGACGGAACGUCGACGGAAAAAACAUUUGUGCAUUUACCUUCGUCCAUCGAGGCCGAAGAGGCGGAGGAGAUCGGUGUAGAGCAUUUGCUCAGGGAUGUACGUGACCAGGCCGCUGGUGGGCUGUCGAUAAAGCUGACGAACCAAUUGAAGUCUUUGAAAGGGCUGCAAACGAAACUUCGCGAUAUAGUGCAAUACUUGGAGAAAGUCAGCCAAAAACAAUUGCCAGUGAACCACAUUAUAUUGGGCAAGUUACAAGAUGUGUUCAAUUUGCUGCCUAAUUUAGGAAGUCCUGACGAUGACGAAAUGGGGGCCGGUUCGGCCGAUGAAGCGAUCAAUGCUUCGAGUACGUUGCAAAAAGCGCUUACGGUGAAGACCAACGAUGAGCUCAUGAUCAUUUAUAUCAGCAACCUCGUGCGGGCGAUCAUUGCUUUUGACAACUUGAUCGAGAACAAGAUCCAAAACAAGAAACUGCAGAACACCAAGGAACCUAAGGCGGACAGCGAGACGACUGGAGUGGAAGAAACAGUUACUGAAGAAGGGGGUAAGAAGGCAUGA